UUAAGAAAAAAAUAUCCAAGAAGCAACGGAUAUCAGCGUCUCGAGACAAAAGACACAGGUACUUGAGUGUAACUGACCGUACUCUAUUAUUUUCCCAAAGCUCUCCUUCGCUCUUUCCCCUCUGUACUUCCUCCCUUUAGCUAACCAACUUUCACUUCCCCGGCUCCAAUCACGAAAACCGGUGUGAUCUACGGCUCUGAUCGACUCUUAAACUCACGCUCUUUCCUCUUGAUCUACUACUAGGAUUUCUUGGUGGCCUCUUCGACACUUGCACAGGUUUGGGCUAACAACAAGGGCAUGUUUUAAUGGUAACUUGGUUCUUGCUGAAAUACGUUUAACUGAUAAGAGGCUCUUUACUUCAGAUGGUUUCUUCAGGGGAGUGUGUAACAGACAGAGUCGGUACGGAAAAAUUGCGGAGCCCAGUUGCUGGAAGUCAUGCUUUGCAACAGAACUCCGAUAGCAAAAUUCGCUCAUCACAAUCUGAUCAAGGAGGAGGGACCCCCUUAAUUAAAUCAGAGAAAGAUCUGCUUCCUAAUAUUGUUGUCCAUCCUUCACAAUCAGAGCAAGGAGGAAAUGUUUCCUCAAUGAUAUCCAAGAAAACAUCGUUGACUCCCUCUCCAUCGCCGGGUACAGAAGGAAGCAGUCCUAUAGUACGUGAGAAAGCAUCAGAGGAUGGAUAUAACUGGCGUAAAUAUGGGCAGAAACUUGUUAAAGGAAAUGAAUUUAUUCGAAGUUAUUACAAAUGUACACAUCCCAACUGCCAAGUGAAAAAGCAAUUGGAACAUUCACAUGAUGGGAAAAUGGUUGACACUGCUUAUUUUGGUCAGCAUGAUCAUCCAACACCACUGAACCUUCCACUAGCUGUUGGCUUUGUUGUCUCUGCUGUUGAAGAGAGAUCAGAUAAUGCAUCUCCAACUAUUGUCAAAGACAAAUCAUUGGAUGCAAAUACCCAAACACCUUGCAAGACUGAGCCAAGAGAUGGUUCUCUGCCCGUAGCUGUUGCUGCCAAUGAAGCUGUGAAAGCUGCACCUUCAAAAUCAAAUAUGAUACAAAAUGUAGCUGAUAGUGAUGAUGAUCAUCUCAUCUCAAAACGAAGGAAGAAAGAAAAUGGUAAUGUUGAUGCAUCUCUGGUGGAGAAGCCAAGCACUGAACCACGUAUGGUUGUUAAGACUUUGAGUGAGGUUGACAUUGUAAAUGAUGGGUACCGCUGGCGCAAAUAUGGGCAGAAAUUAGUUAAAGGCAAUCCAAAUCCAAGGAGUUAUUACAGGUGCUCAAAUCCUGGGUGCCCAGUCAAGAAACAUGUAGAAAGGGCUUCUCAUGAUGCAAAAUUAGUUAUAAUUACUUAUGAGGGACGACAUGACCAUGAUUUGCCUCCAACUAGGACCGUUACUCACAAUACAACAGGAGUAAAUGUUCAUUCAGCAGCUCAUAAUGACAAAUCAGGCACCAAGGUAGAAGAAAGUGAGACCGUCUGCCUCAAUAGUUCUGGAGCUGAGAAUAAAUCAAGUGAGCAAUUGAAUGGUGAAUCAAGAACCAAGUCAGAAUUAAGUGGUACUCUUUGUGUUGAUGUGGUGGAUGCAGCUAUAUUGGGUCCAGAAAAUGGGUCAAAUAAGCAACGGAGUGGGAAGUUGGAUCCAAGUAAAGAAAGUGAUGCAGUUCGCCAUGACAUGAUUGUUCAUAGUAAAUCAAGUUCUCAGAGUACAUCAAAUGAGCAAGUGAUGAGUGGCAAAUUAGAAACUAAAUCAGAAAUUGAUGCUGUUUGCAUUGAUAAGAUGGUCCAUAUCACUCCACGUUCUGACUGUAAUUCUGAUGAGUAACGAAUGCCUAGUUCAGAACGUGUCCAAAG